AUGGGUGGACAAUUGUCGGAAUCUGAUCAGACCAAGCAGUUUGAGUUUCUCAGAACAUACAAUGAACUUACAGAAAACUGCUUGCUGGAUUGCAUAAAGGAUUUCACUACCAGAGAGGUUAAACCAGAAGAGCGGAAUGAAGCUCUGGCAGCUAAAGCAGGACUGCUUGGCCAACCUUGUUAG